CUCACCUCUGGAUCAGUUUUAGUGCGGUGGUUGUCGGAAGAUGAACUAUGUGUCAGUUCUGGUCGGAUAAAAUGGGUUAGCUAUGUGUAAAGCCUCGUUUCUGUGGUGCUGGAUUGCGCUGUUUCUGCUUACUUCUGUCUGGAGUGGCGGUCUAGACCUACAAGGACCCCUCUUCAUCCAGGAGCCCCCUCAUCGCGUCGAGUUCAGCAACAGCUCGGGAGGCAGAGUCGAUUGUACGGCGCACGGGAGUCCGCAACCGGACGUAGAAUGGAUCACCGCCGACGGCUCGCCGGUGCACCAGGUUCCCGAACUCAGACUGCUAUUCCCUAAUGGGUCCCUGGUGUUCCCGGCAUUCCAGAACGAGCGGUAUCGGCACGACGUACACUCGGCGGUCUACAGGUGCAGGCUCAGGAGCCAACUGGGGGUGGUGGUGAGCAGGGACGUGCAGGUGAAGGCAGUCGUGAAGCAGAAAUACGACGUGCAAGUCCACGACGAAUACGUAACGGCUGGAAACACAGCUGUUCUAAAGUGUAAAAUCCCGAACUAUGUGGCCGAAUACGUAAUGGUGACAUCAUGGGUACAGGACGAGGCCAUAAAUAUCUACCCGAACACCGACAUCGGAGGCAAAUAUGUGGUGCUCAGCAAUGGCGACCUGUACAUCAGCAACGCAGGACCGGGUGAUGGCUACAAGCACUAUGCGUGCAGGACCGUACACAGACUCACAGGCGAAAUCCAGACCAGCACCUACCCCGGCAGGAUAAUAGUUACGGAACCCAACGGCAGCGUGCAGCCCAGGAUGAUCGUGGACAAAUACAACGCCCGCAGGAGCGUCCUAGGGGAGGACGUAACCCUGCCGUGCGUCGCACAGGGACAUCCGGUUCCGGGAUACUACUGGAAGAGGGAGCUGCAGGGCCAGAGCGUACCAGUGGCGUUGGGGGAACGUCACAUCCUGCUUUCAGCAGGGCUGCUGAAGAUCACGAAGGUCAGAUUAGAGGACAGGGGGGUGUACAUCUGCUACGCCAACAAUUCCGCAGGGGAGGAGAGCAUCAGAGUCACCCUGGAGAUCACGGCACCCUUAUCAGCCCAUGUCCAACCUCAAGUGCAGGUCGUAGAUGUCGGCAAGGAGGCCAGCUUCCAGUGUAUCCCUAAUGGGUUUCCUGUGUCCCAGGUUUCCUGGAUGCACAACGGAAAACCAGUGGCACCCGACAGCCGCGUUGAAGUAAUGGUCAACCCACCUCGUCUCACCCUUCGUCACCUCAACAAAGAAGACCGAGGGAUGUACCAAUGUUUCGUCACCAACAACUGGGACCAAGGGCAAUCCAUCGCCGAACUGGACAUGGGUGACGCCGGCCCUGAACUCAUCCACUGGUUCUCCGAGCAAACCCUCCAACCAGGCCCAAUGGUCUCCCUCAAGUGCGUCGCCUCUGGCAACCCCCCUCCCCAGUUCACCUGGACACUGGACGGCUUCCCCCUACCCGACCAUCCGAGAAUCCUGGUGGGGCAGUACGUCACCUUCCAAGACGACGUUAUCAGUCACGUGAACAUCACCAGUGUCAAGUCGGAGGACGGAGGGGAGUACACUUGUACCGCCCACAAUAGUGUGGGGAAGAUCUCGCACAGCGCUAGAGUGAACGUGUAUGGUCUCCCCUACAUAAGGGAGAUGCCGAAGAUAACGGGGGUGGCUGGUAGCAGUUUGGUGAUCAAGUGUCCGGUGGCGGGGUACCCGAUUGAGACGAUCACGUGGGAGAGGGAGGGGCAGAUGUUGCCGGUGAAUAGGAGACAGAGGGUGUACGCCAAUGGUACGUUGGUGGUGGAACAGACACAGGUGAAGGAUGAUGCUGGUACUUAUACGUGUCAGGCGCAGAAUAAGCAGAGGAAUUCGGCUAGGAGGAAUGUCGAGGUGCAGGUGAUUGUACCACCGAAAAUAAUGCCUAUACAAUCCAUGACCGGCCUACUACGACAAGGCAUGCGAGCCGCCAUCAACUGUCAGGUGAUGGAAGGCGACCUGCCCCUCACCUUCACCUGGGAAAGGGACGGCAAAGUCGUCGCCAACAACGCAGCCCUGGGUCCCGUCAUCCGGAGGAUCGACGAGUUCUCCUCCCAACUGAUCAUCGAUCAGGUGACGUCCCGCCAUACCGGAAAUUACACCUGCAUCGCCAGCAACGUAGCAGGCCGCGAAAAGUACGUCGUCCCGCUGACAGUCAAUGUGCCCCCCAAAUGGACCGUCGAACCAACCGACACCAACGUUGCCGCAUCUCAAGACGCCAUAUUGCACUGCCAAGCCGAGGGCUACCCCAAGCCCAUAAUCACAUGGAAAAAAGCCGUAGACGAGCAGCCAGGCGAGUACAAAGACUUCCUCUUCCAGCCCAACGUCCAGCAAUAUCAGAACGGCUCUCUGAGCUUCGUCCACAUAUCAAAAGAAAACGAGGGACAGUAUCUCUGCGAGGCGAAGAACAACAUCGGUGCAGGAGUCAGUAAAGUGAUAGUCCUCAAAGUUAAUGCGCCCGCUCAUUUUCAACAAAAAUCCAAACAAGUGCAGGUCGUCAAGGGAGAACAAGCGCAUCUUCAGUGUUCUGCUCUUGGCGACGUUCCAAUGGAGAUUUCUUGGAAGAUGGGAGGUCAGCGCAUGACCAAAGAUGCUGGAGACCCGAGGUAUAACAUAAGGGAACAGACGUUGGCAGAGGGAAUGGUUUCGGAGCUUGGAAUUGAAAGGACCAUCAGACAGGACACCGGCAUAUUUACCUGCUCGGCCAGCAAUUCCUACGGCAGCGACGAUAUGAACAUCCAGCUCAUCGUGCAGGAGAUCCCUGAGGCACCUAGGAACGUCAGGGUCACCGAGCAAUUGUCUAGAUCCAUCGGGAUAUCCUGGACGCAGCCUUAUGCCGGGAACAGUCCCAUCACCAACUACAUCGUCCAGUAUAAGCCGGGGUCAGAGGUAUGGCCCAAUCAGCCAAUGAAAGUAACAGUGUCAGGGGCCCAAACUACAACGAACAUACCAAACCUCCGACCCGCCACUGCCUAUCACCUCAGGAUCCUUGCCGAAAACCGUCUGGGAUUGAGCGAUCCUAGUCAAACUGUCCAGGUGAACACGCUCGAAGAAGUGCCAAGUGGUGCACCCUUGGAUGUAAGAGCUGAGGCGAAGACCUCUACUGAACUUGUGGUCACAUGGGAACCACCUCCUAGAGAAACUUGGAAUGGUAACUUGCUCGGGUAUCACGUGGGGUUUGCUGAGGGUACUGGAGAUGCUAACAGUAUCCACAGCUACACCUUCAGGAGCGUGGAAGUGAGACAACACUACGCUGGCGAGGCUACUUUGCAAGGACUGAGUAAAUUUACAACCUACAAUAUAAUCGUUCAGGCGUACAACAGCAGAGGAUCUGGACCAGCAAGCGACCCAGUAACAGCCAGAACCCUAGAAGAUGCUCCAUCCCUACCACCUGAGAAUGUCCAGUGUUCAAUUCUCAGCGCUCAAUCUCUACACAUAUCAUGGGAGCCACCCCUGGAAGAAGGCAGAAACGGCGUCAUACAAGGCUACAAGAUAACCUAUCAUUCCGUUGGAGAGUGGUAUGAUAAUGAUGACCAGCAGACGAAGAAUACGCCGCAGUUGAGAACGACCCUUUUAGGAUUAAGGAAAUUUACUAAUUAUAGUAUUACGGUACUGGCUUACACAUCCAGAGGCGAUGGGGCUAGGUCCGAGUCUGUUUACUGCCAAACUGAAGAAGAUGUGCCUUCUGCCCCUGCUGACAUAAAGGCAAUCUUCAGCACCUCCAACAAGAUUCUAGUCUCGUGGUUACCCCCAACGUUCAGCAAUGGGCCUCUAGUAGGCUACACCUUCUACAUGAGCUUAGUGGAAGGAGGUAGAGGGGAGAACACCCAUAAACGUGUGCUGAGUACCUCUACAUUGAUGCACGAAGUAGUCAGGGUUCAGGAUACUGCCACUCUGCAAUUUUGGGUCACUGCCUCUACUAGGAUCGGAGAAGGCGAAAGCACCCGCGUCAUCACAGUCACCCCCACCAAGAACGUACCAGCCCGCAUAGCCUCCUUCGGAGGUCAAGUGGUCAGCGCAUGGAAACAAGACGUCAGCCUAGCCUGCAAACGCGUAGGCAUUCCCCUUCCUACGGCAAAUUGGCGUCACGACGACCUCCCUCUCGAGGUCGGAGGUCGGCGCAUAAUCCUCCCCAACGCUACCCUCGUCAUCAAGGACGUGCAAAACUCCGACGAGGCCAACUACUCCUGUAUCGUAGAAAACACAUAUGGCAAAGACGAGAUAGUAUACAGUCUGAAGGUCGUGGUGCCGCCCGAAGCACCGGUGCUGAGUGUGGUGGAGGCGUUCGCUGACACCCUGCAUCUGAAGUGGAUGGACCAGGGGAACGGAGGGUCGCCCAUCUUGGGAUACGUGAUCAACUACAAGAGGGAUGCUGGAGACUGGGAGGAGUUGCAGAUUGCAGCCCAUACGGAUUCGCACAUGUUGAGGGAUUUGUCUUGUGGGACGAAGUAUUUGAUGUACAUUACGGCGUUCAAUAGAAUUGGAACUGGGUUUCCUUGUGAUAUUGUUACGUCGCAUACGAAAGGAACUGUUCCAAUCAAGCCUAAACCAUCGCAAGCGUUAACGAUGAACACGACCGUUGUUACCAUAUGGCUAGACACGUGGGGUGAUGGAGGUUGCGGCAUCUCCUACUUCUCCAUAGAAUUCAGGGCGGGUCCUAACUCAGCCUGGACCAUGGCCUCCAACCACGUCAAGCCGACGGAGAGGAUCUACAGCAUAGCUGACCUCUGGCCCGGCACCGAGUACCUCCUGAAGAUCACGGCCUACAACAAUGCCGGUCACACCGAAUCGAUCUACAACUUAACCACGCUCACGCUAGGUGGCGGUAUUCCUGAGAUAACACCACCAGUUCAACACUCGGAAGACCAACAACCUUAUUUCGUCAAAAUACGCGUCUGGUUGCCAAUUUGUAUCUCUCUAACUGUAGUUAUACUGUUACUGCUGGUGGCUGCCUUUUUGAGAAGGAAAAUCCAAAGCGACAGGGACACCCAGAACCAAUCCAUAGGAGAGUCCCCCACGAUGGCUCAGCUGCAGAACAAGCAGAACCGCGACCAGCAGUACCUGGCGGUCAGGGUCGGACGCGCCCAACAGCCCAUAGUCGACGACACAGAGACGUACAAAGCGGAAUCCGCCGACUACAUUGAAGACAUAUGUCCUUACGCGACUUUUCAGCUGUCCAAGCCCGUGUAUAGCGAGGGCUCUUACAGCGGAAACGUUUACAGCGGCCCGUACCAUCCGGUACGCGGAUCUUUUGUUUAUCAUGACGUUAAACCACCACCUUUUGAUAAGUUAAAGUUAGGACAUAAUAAAGAACACGAAUAUACUAAGGUUAGAAGAAAAGGUGGAAGACUUAGGGAUCCUCAUUCAGAAAGUCAAGAGUCUGAUAACCUGGGCAGCACUGACUCAGAAGUGAAGAAGAUUCUAACACUUCAUCUACCUAUUUCAGAAUAUGACACUCUUGGUUCGGACUCGGAAGAUGGAAGGGCCACAAGCCAAGAGCUCAUGUCCUUCAACCAAAGAAUGAGAGGAGGAGCUGAAGGAACGUCAUCGUCUUCCGAAACUUCUCCACACUCUGGUAGCAUAGGAAGGAAGCCAUAUCCUUCGAAAAAGGGAAAGAACAAAGUACCUGCUUUAGGAAAGAGACAUGUAAGAAGUAGCAGUGGUUACUCUAGUCACAACGAUGAAACAACUUUUAGUAUAUCACACGCCCCAAGCUUUAACGAUAGAAUCCACCCUCCUAGCAGGUUUUCGGACUUGGGAGGACCCAGAGAAAUGACUGAAUCAGAAUAUGAGAAGGUGAGAGCGAGAGGAAUGACCAAACUGACUAGAGAAGCCUUCCAGAUCAACGUAUGAGAAUAAAAAAAGUCGGAUAAGACUUGAAUUGCAAGAUUUGGUGGUAAUUGUUGACGUCGUAACGGUACCGUAUGAAAAAAUUAUGACAAACUUUUGUUUUGCCGAUUGCAACAACCUUUCAUGAACCCCAUAACGAAUUUUCUAGAAAAUUGUUGUUUGCACUAAAAUAAAAUAUUGUAUUAUGUUUACAUAUUUUGAAUGGAUACUGUACAGUUUGUGGAUGACUAGAAGAGUGGUUGGUGCCUUUAGCGGAUCCUAAUGUGAAAGAAACUCAUUGGUGUGCCAAAGAGAAUUAAAGACAAGAAACAAAAAUGGAAUAGUAACAAAUGUAUGUUAUAGAUUUUAUAGAUUGUUAUGUAAUGUUGGGAAAUCCUUUAUUAUUUUCUCUACUAGAUUUCGCGUUACGUUUUGGAAUCAAGUACUUUCAAAUCGAUGUGAAAUUAUAAAUUUCUUCUAUAAAACCCAGCUGAUAUAAUUUGUAAAUUUCAAUUAUAAAUAACUAAUAACCCAGAUAUGUAUUUAUUACAAUUCAAUAAACUGUUAUGUU